AUGCUUACAUCGUCUUACAUUUGCGCUAACAAAGAGCGCUAUACCAAUGUGCGCUCCAUAAAGAUACUAAUUCUUAAUAAAGCGGAAAGGAUCAAAGGUUGGUUCAGUCCUAUCAAGUUGAAAGGGAUAAAAAUUGUACGUGGCUUAACUGAAUUUGGUAUUAGAGAGGCACUACGGCGGAACGAAUUUUUUGGUGGUUCCAUGCUGGAAGUAACAACAGUGUCGAGUAAUCGAGUUUCUGAUGGAGAUGUGGAAGAAAGUGGAAUUGCAAAAUUCAAGAGGGAUGCUGGAAAGUCUCAUUCGUGGAACACAUUGUUCCUUGGAGCUAAUGCAGUUGCUGAAAGGUUGGCUGAAAAAUUGGAUUUGUUACUUGGACAUAGAGUCUUGGUGCACGUCUAG